AUGGCGGAGCUGCAGCUGGACCCGGCGAUGGCGGGGCUGGGAGGGGGUGGCGGCAGCGUGGGGGGCGACGGGGGUGGGCCGGGCCGCGGGCCCCCCAGUCCUCGGCCCGCGGGCCCCACGCCCCGCGGACACGCGCGCCCGCCCGCCGCCGGCGCCGCGCAGCCCCUGGAGCCGGGUCCCGGACCCCCCGAGCGGGCAGGGGGCGGCGGCGCGACCCGCUGGGUGCGGCUCAAUGUGGGCGGCACCUACUUCGUGACCACCAGACAGACCCUUGGCCGGGAGCCCAAGUCUUUCCUCUGUCGCCUCUGCUGCCAGGAGGACCCGGAGCUGGACUCGGACAAGGAUGAGACGGGGGCCUACCUGAUUGACAGAGACCCCACGUACUUUGGUCCCAUCCUAAACUACCUCCGCCACGGGAAGCUGAUCAUCACCAAGGAGCUGGCAGAGGAAGGCGUGCUGGAAGAAGCAGAGUUCUACAACAUCGCAUCCCUCGUGCGGCUGGUUAAGGAGAGGAUACGGGACAACGAGAACAGAACCUCGCAGGGCCCCGUGAAGCAUGUCUACAGAGUCCUGCAGUGCCAGGAAGAGGAGCUCACGCAGAUGGUCUCCACCAUGUCUGACGGCUGGAAGUUUGAGCAGCUCAUCAGCAUCGGCUCCUCCUAUAACUAUGGAAACGAGGACCAGGCCGAGUUCCUCUGUGUUGUCUCCAGAGAGCUGAAUAAUUCCACCAACGGCAUCGUUAUAGAGCCGAGCGAAAAGGCGAAGAUUCUUCAGGAGAGGGGGUCUCGGAUGUAAACCCCAGAGUCCUGAGUGAUGAGCAGUGCAGCCAAGCACCGUGUGAAGUUGAGUCCCGCUCCUGUACAGUGACCGAGCUGCGGCCCCUGUGCCACAUGUCCUGGGCGAAGCCACAGGCGCCCACCCCACCCGCUGCCUCUGGAGACGGAGCACCUUCACAGAGCUGCCCUGUUUGUCUCGCCAGAACCAUGACAGGGUGGAGCCUUGUGGGGGCUGGGGAAAGGCCCAGCUCCUUGGAAGUGGCCUAGACCACGGAACAGCUGGAGCACGAGAGGUUUGCUCCUGUGCCAGGCCGUGCUUCCCCCGAGCACAGCACGUGGGACGUUGUAGCUGCUUUGGGAGGCACCUGCUGCCCUCCUCCCAUGCACCCUCACAGCCAGGCAGCAGGUGCAGAGGUAGCUUGGAGGUGUCAUUCAAAGGAUAGAGCUGCCGGAGUAGCCCCAUGUUGCUGUAAGCGGUGGCCUUUGGGGAAUACAAAUGAGGGGUGUCCAUGCCUGGAGCUGGACAUUGGGGAUGACCAUCCUUGGCUGAGGGCACACCGCAGCUGCCCCCUCACAACUCUGCCUCCCUUGUCGGAGGCAGUGGGGAUCCUUGGACCCUUGCUUCCACCCCACCCCCAGGGGCAUUUGAGGAAGGCCAGCCAUGUGCUGAAUCAGACAGCUGGCUGGGAGCUCGUGGUGGUUGUAGCUGCUUGCACAGCUUCCUUCCUGCUGACCCCGUGUGCCUCCUGGCUCUUCCAGCGGCACCAAAGAUGAGGACUGGGGGGCCCUCUAGUCGUGGGGGAAGAGGUUAUUUCUUUGAGAGUUGCCAAAUGUGAAGUGUUGUUGUACCCAAAAGUGUUGGUUUUUUUUUUUUUUUUCUUCUGUGAUUUUUCUCUUGAAAAUGCCUUGCCUGGACGUGUGAUGGCUGUGUGUCCUCUUGAUUUCUAACUUUGUCUAACCCAUCCUGCAGUGGCCUCCACGACACCACACCAUCCACAGCCGUGCCUGUCCCUCCCCAGCCCUACCUGUCUGUCCCCAGCUGUGUCUGUCCGUCCUUAGUCAUGUCUGUCCCUCUCCCUUUCCCUAGCUGUGCCUGUCCCUCCUCAGCUGUGCCUGUCCGUCCUUAGCUGUAUCUGUCCCUCCCCAGCGUGCCUGUCUGUCCCCAGCCAUGCCUGUCCCUCUCCAGCCAUGCCUGACCCUCCCUAGCCGCUGGAUAGUCUCAGCGAGCAUCACUCCCCUGCCCAGGGAGCACCAGCGUGAUGGGUGUUGAGUACUUCCUGCAGGGCUGUUCCCUUUGGUAGAGGUAGAGCAAACGGGCAGCGCCACUGGGCAGCGUGUGCCCCGCCUCCCUGUGUGCACCCUUAGAGUGGGCUGCUCCCCAGCACCCUCACCUCCUUCCCUUGAGGAGUCAGGUUGAGAUUUCUAGAAGCGGCAGUAGCCCAUGCCAGGUGGCUUUUGAGCUGCUGA